AAAAUAAUUUGAAAAUUUCAUUAUAAUGGAAUCAUUGGCAUCGAUCGAUGAUUAUAGUGAUUAUUAUCAUAAUGAAAUUUUUAUGAAAGAACUUAAUCCAGAAUUACCAAAAGAAUGGCAUCAACAAAUUUGGCUUCAAAUGGAAUAUGUUUUAGAUGUUAUUCAUAAUUCAAGUAGAAUGACUACAACAAUCCUAUCCAUAAUUAUCAUAUAUUAUGUUUAUACAUUUGUUACUAGAAAAUUUCCACAAUUUAAAUGUGGUUUAUUAUUUCGUGGUAGAUUUCUUAGUCUUAAACGAUUAAAGAAAAGAUAUGAACUAUUAUCUAUACCAGGUCGUUAUCGAUUUGCUGGUAAAGAAGAAGGUGCAGAACCGAUCGAUAUAGAAUAUAAAGCGGAUGAAGAUGAAUUAAAACUGAUUCGAAAAAUACGUUAUAAACUUAAAUUCGAACAAGAUAAGAUUGGAAAUUAAUUUAUUUGUUUUUUUCAAAGAAAAUAUUAUUAUUUAUUUUUUAAUAAUUUACAAAUUAAAAUUUCAACCAAAUCGACCUUCAA